AUGGCUAGAAAGGCAGAACAGGUGCGGACUCUAAAUGUCGCCGUGGUUGGCCUGGCCGGCACGGAAAAGGAACGCGGCCAGUCUGGCUUGGGAAAAUCAUGCCUCUGCAAUCGCUUCAUCAAGUCGUUGGCCGACGAUUAUCACGUUGAGCACAUUUCCGUCCUCAGUCAGACGGACUUUAGCGGCCGGGUGAUCAACAAUGAUCAUUUCCUCUAUUGGGGUGAUACGACCAAACAGGCCGAUGAUGGUGUCGAAUAUCAUUUUCACCUAGUCGAACAGACCGAGUUUAUUGACGAUGCCUCCUUUCAACCUUUCAAAGGGAUUGAAAAAGAGUACGAACAAAAAGUGAUGCCAGACGGGAAAUUCAACGUUGACGGCUUCAUUUGCGUUUUUGACGUUUCAAUGGUGCCAAGUCGGCCAAUAGAACGACAGAUAGAGUACACAGCCAAUAUUCUUGCCAAUCUGGUCAAAAGCAAGAAACCCAUCGUGUUGGCUACUACGAAAAAUGACGAAGCCUUUGACGGAUUUAUUCGAAGUAUCGUAAUGGUGGAGACUUCAGCUCACGAAAACGUCAAUGUCGAUCUGACUUUCCUAGUGUUAGCCCAGAUGGUGGACAAGGCCAAAAAUCGCAUGCGAGUCGUUCCCUUCGCCGAAGCGGCUCGAGCUCGUAAGGACGUACUGGAUGUUGCUACGGAAGCCUUUCAGCGCUUGAUACGAGCUCAAGUGACGGACUUCCGUGCCCUUUGGUCGGCUACAUCCAAGAAAUUGGCCCCAAAUCCGGACUAUAUCCAUUAUUGUAACCUAUUUGGUCAGGACGACGCCCAACGCCUUUUCCGUCGUCACGUUAAGAAGCUCAAAGACGAACAUUUGGCCCGCAAAAUCAAAGGUUACAUGGAUACGUUACCGGAAAUCCUGCUGGAGUUUUUCCCAGAUCUGCCUAGUUUGGAAGAAGGGGACUGGGAGCACAUCAAGGAGAAGAUGCACAACCAUCCGGAUUUCAACAAUUAUUUCUUAGAUUGCCCAGCAGACGGAAUGUCGUGGGCCGAAACAGAUCUGCUGGACAGCACUGGAAAUGCGGAUACCAAAGAGCAACGAUUCCUCGAAUAUCGACACCAAUUCAAGUCUCUCCUGCAGGAGACGGGAUACGUAACGCCCGGCAAGACCCUGUCGGAAGUGCAAGUCCUUUUCAUGGGCAGGGAAUGUUUUGAGGCUCUCUCCGAGGCCGACUGCCAUCAUAUUUAUGAUCUCCAUCAGAGGGAUAUCACAGAGAAGGCUCGCAAAAACUUCCAGGAAUUGUUACUGGAACACGCCCAUCUGUUUUAUCAGUUCAAGAGCAUUGCGCCGUCGGGUACGGUGACGCAAGAUGAUAUACGGGAAAUCACUGAAGAAUUGCAAGAAGAUUCGCGUUACAAAUCGCUCGACCGGCUGGACAACGAACGAAGGUUAUUGUUGCUCCAGCAUCUCGGUUUCGUCCAUUGCCCUAUUCGUGAGCAUUGCCCGGCCCAUCCUAAUUGCAUGGACGCUGUCAUCGAGCGGCUCAUAUCGGUCAAAGCUCAUCGACCGUCGUCGUGGAACCGGAAUAGUCAGUGGUUGCUGGGAAGUGGCGGCAGUGACAACAGUCAACUCAGUCUGAUUUUGCUGGGCGUUGGAGAUUUGGCGCACGAACUGGCUGGUGAAAUUCGUGCAUUGUGUGACGAGGACGAGUACGAAAUGGACAACCAAGUGUACAGCCUGGAUUAUAGGAUCAUCGACGGAGACGUCAGUUUGCCGCAGAACUCGUUCCGGACGGUCCGAGUUCACUCCGCAGGGCUGUUUUUGCGUGUUCUCCAACGCUGA